UCUUACUUUGUUCCAAACUCAAAGCCAGAACGGUAAAGUAAAUAUACAAAUAGAACGUACGAAGAAGGGAGAUUUAUUAUUUCCAAAGUUCCGUCGAUCAAUGGUGUCUCAUUCCAUCUCAGAAAGAAAACAGAACUCAAACAAAAGCAAAACCCAAACUGUAAUGGCCUCUUCUUCGACUUUGAAAUCUCAGCCUCUUCAUAAUUUUCAAUUACAUGACCUCAAAUGGGCCAUGAACCACCCUAGCAACCACCGCCUUCGGAAACUCUUCGAUUCUUUUCACAAAUCUCCUCAAAGUGGAGAUACUGAUUCUGCGUCAGACAAUAACCGGAAGGCGAAUCCGGUUUGUGAAGCUCCUUCAGAGAACCUUAAUGGGAAGUCAGAGAGGAAAUUCGUCAAUGGUUCUGAUGUUUUAGUUGACUGUGAUUCCGAAGAGAAAGCUAAUCCAUCGGAAUGUAGAUCGAAGAUCUAUAUACGUUUUCAAGCGAAGAACCAGCCUGUUCAUGAAGUUGCGGAUGUAGCAGAUCAGAGCUUGAUUGCUGAAUACAUUGAAGAAUUGGUUCCAAAGACUUGGAACCUGAGGCCAAGGAAGCCGAAUGCCAAGCCUCCGAAUUAUAAUGGGAGCGCGACGAAGAUCGGAGGUUCGGCGCUGGAGAACGAAACUCAUAGAUCGGAAGCAACGCGGUCUAGGAACGUAACCGAACCCAAACCGGAUGAGAAGAAAGAGAAAAAACAAAAGUUCUCGAUUUCUUUAUCUAGAGAAGAAAUUGACGAGGAUCUCUUUGCUAUGACCGGGUCAAAGGCCUCUAGACGGCCAAAGAAACGAGCCAAGAACGUUCAGAAACAACUCGAUUGCGUGUUUCCUGGAUUGUGGUUAGCUUCGAUAACGCCGGAUUGUUAUAGAGUCUCAGAGGCUCAUGCAAAGGGCUAGACGGGACUGCUGCCAAAACUGUGAAUUUGGAAGGUUGAGGGGAUAAAGGGGACUGCUAAACUUUGUUCAUGUAGCUGUAAAAUGAGCUUGUAGAGAUCAAAUGGUAACAAAUGUAUCUUCUUUUUAUGCUUUUUUGUCUAAUCCAUAGCAAGGUUAGAACUUAGAUUUUGAGGGACAGUUGUAUCUGAAUCCUGUCAGGUAGUUACAGUUGCAGAUUGUAAAUAUGACUUACCAGUUUCUCAUAAAUAGGGUUUCAAUUGUUUCAGUUUGUGAAAUAUGAAAUCGCUUUUUCUGGAGAUCUUUUAGUCCUUCGAUCAUGAAUACUUUUUAGCUGUUCAUGAACUUGUGUAAUGUUAGAUCAUACUAACCAUUCAUUGAUCCAAAAUGCAUAUUUGUGCUUGAUGUGUACUUCAUUCUUUAUUAGUUAGUUCUUUUGUUCUGUCUACUAUACAUGCGUUGGGUAAAAAGUAGUUAGUUUACUAGUGGUUGAUUGAUUGGAGAACAUGUUAGUGAUGAGCGAAUUGUAGUUAGGAGCACACAUUUUGUGAUUGACCUCCAUGCUGCAUCUUUGUCCAAGUGUUUGCUUGUAUCUUCCCUCUGA